AUGAAGGUCAUCACUUGUGAAAUAGCGUGGCAUAACAAGGAGCCUGUUUACAGCUUAGACUUCCAACAUGGAGCUGAUGGGAAGAUCCAUCGGCUGGCCUCGGCAGGGGGGGGGAUCCGUAUAUGGAAAGUGGAAAAGGGGCCAGAUGGAAAAGCAAUUGUGGAGUUCUUGUCCAACCUCACCCGCCACACCAAAGCCGUGAACGUUGUGCGCUUCUCCCCAGGUGGGGAGAUCCUGGCAUCUGGAGGAGAUGAUGCUGUUAUUUUAUUGUGGAAGCUGAAUGAUAGCAAAGAAUUGGAACCACUAGUUUUUCAGGAGGAAGAUGAAGCUCAGCUCAACAAGGAGAAUUGGACAGUCAUUAAAACUUUAAGAGGUCACUUAGAAGAUGUAUAUGAUAUAUGUUGGACCUCAGAUGGAAACUACAUGGCAUCUGCUUCUGUAGAUAACACAGCUAUAAUGUGGGAUGUCGGUAAAGGGCAGAAGGUUUCAAUACUAAAUGAACACAAGAGUUAUGUCCAAGGAAUAACGUGGGAUCCUCUAGGCCAGUACCUUGCAACUCUGAGUUGUGAUAGGGUCCUGCGGGUGUACAACACACAAACCAAGCGUGUGGCAUUCAAUGUCACCAAGAUGCUAUCUGGAUCAGGAGCUGAAGGAGAGGCUAGGAGCUAUCGGAUGUUUCACGAUGACAGCAUGAAGUCGUUUUUCCGUAGGCUCAGCUUUACCACUGAUGGCUCCUAUUUACUCACUCCAGCUGGCUGUGUUGAAUCUGGAGAAAAUGUAACAAACACCACGUAUGUUUUCUCCAGAAACAAUCUUAAAAGGCCCGUGGGUCACCUGCCAUGUCCUGGAAAGGCAACUCUUGCUGUUCGCUGCUGCCCAGUCUACUUUGAGAUGAGGCAAGCAUUUAAUAAAGAUGAAAUCAGUCAGAAACUGUCUCCUGCUUUGUUUAACCUGCCCUAUCGAUUGGUGUUUGCUGUUGCUUCAGAAGAUUCUGUGCUUUUUUAUGAUACUGAGCAGUCCUUCCCCUUUGGUUAUGUUGCUAAUAUACAUUAUCACACCCUGAGUGACAUUUCGUGGUCCAGCGAUGGAGCCUUUCUUGCUAUUUCUUCCACGGAUGGAUACUGUUCAUUUGUUACCUUUGAGAAGGAUGAACUGGGAAUACCACUGAAGGAGAAGCCACAGAUAAAUGUCAGGACUUCUGGUGCAACAGAGAAGAAAGUGAAAAGGAGCCAGUUGCACAAAGCCAUUUCCCCAGGCUCUAGGCUGACAGAGGGGACUCCUUCCAGCAGAGUCACCGACCCCAGCACUCCCACCCUUCAACCUAGAACACCCACAGCUGCUGGUAAGGACUUGUCUUCCACACCUCUUGGCAUAAAAAACACUCCAGUCUCAUCCUCGGAUGAGAGAAGAAUCAGCCAGCCGACGAGCCAGAGCACUAAAGUAAGCCAGCCCAGGAGGAUUACUCUAAACACUUUACAAGCAUGGAGCAAGACACCAAGGAGAAUAAACUUGAUUCCACUGAAGCCAGAUGCGCCAGCUCCGGCGUGUACAGAUACAGUUCCCGUAUCUCCUUCCUCAGAACAGGAACAUGAGAGACUGUUACCAUCUGAUGACAGUCUUCAAAAUCCUCCAGCAUCAAAACGUCCCAGAACUGAGGAAGUGUCUCUUUCUACAUCUUCUGAAGAUCAAAUCAGCUGCAAUUUAAGCAAAUAA